AUGGGAGCAAACAUGUCUGAGCUCGAGAACCCAGAUGGAUUUAGCCCUGUAAAUACCAACCAGCUUAUAGAGUGUCAUUCCAAGAACCAAUGGAAGGCUCAAUUUGAUGCCAACAAAGAAAGUAACAAACCGGCAGUGGCAAAGGAAUUUGAGCUGAUUGAUGUGUUGCCAACCGUGGUCUUUGUUAAGAAAGGGAAAGAAAUUGAUAGGGCUGUAGGAGCCAAAAAGGAAGACGCGCAGAAGAAAAUUGAGAAACAGAGGAACUUUUAA